GCCGCCCUCACUGUCGGCGGAACAAUGUAGUUCGCCGCCGCUGCGCGACAGCCUAAUGCUCUUUUUGGCCUAGGGCUCCUCGCCGACGCGUAUCCGACUGCUGCGGACCAAUGUCAUCGAAGAAGGCUGGUGCGAGACGAGGGAAAUAUAUAUAUUUCGAAGAGGAAACCGACAUCGACAAUCGCAUUUUAGAGACACUAUUUUUUCACACUUCUUCUAAACGAUGCCUUUCGUAGCUGGAAACAAAUAAUAAAUAAUUUACCAGAGCAAUAAUAAUAACUUUUUACGUGUGUAGUCGAAAGCACUUUUUUCUCUCUCGUAUUCCUUUGACAAUCAUAUUUACACACGAAUAUAUAUAUAUACAUAUAUAUUUAACUCUGGAACACUUUUUAGAAUCGCCACUGAAUUAUUUUGCUGCAAACGUUUUUUCCUGUUCCGACACGGAUGACCAAUAUUUGAGUUAACUGACGUAGGAAUAUUCUAAACGAACACGGAGAGCCGCAUUUUUUCUCAGCUCCUGCAAUACAGAAAAGAAAGCAAUACAAUUUCUACUCUUCGUUACUAUUUAGGAACUCUUUCACGGUGCUACUACUUUUGAGACGGGACGAAGAAGAGGACUGUUUGAGGAAGGACGGGCGAAUAAUACUUGUCCGCAGUUUUGUCGGCCACAAAUUGCACAAAAGGAGGCGGAUUUUUUGUACUGGACGAGCAACGAACGUAUACGGUGUGUGGUCUACACGGAUUCGUCCAAUUUGCUGUGAACGUGAGGCGUAGAGAGGAGAGAGGGACAAAGUGCUGUCGGGAGGAAGGUGUUCCGGCAGACUUCGGUGGCCCAUGUUGUGUGUCGUUAUGGCCAGCAUGAACCGCACCGAGCAGGAGCUGUUAUACCGGCGAUCGCGCGAGGUGGUCGUGCCGUGCCAGAAGCACGAGGACGUGGUGCUCAGCGUGCUCAAGUCGCCGCUGAUCACCUCCAACCACCGGCCGCACGCGCGCCUCCGGCCGCCCACCAGCGGCGAAGAGACGGACGCGGAGCAGCUGCGCCGCUUCCGGUCGCCGCGCUUCGGCGAGGCGCACCACAAGCGCGUGCCGACGCCCAUCAAGCGGAGGCGGCGCAGUGCCGGCCGCGACGGCGGCGCCGGGGAGGGCGGCGGGCGCGGCGGGCCGCCCGGCGUGCCGGACCCCUACUACCCCAUCUACCUGCCCAUAGACCAGGCCUUCAAGGCCAAGUACGUGUUCCACCACAAGAAGGGAAAGACCUUCCAGGAGCGCGUCUACGUUUUCCUCGAGCACCCCGGCGGCUGGCUGUGCUUCGUUUACCACUUCACUGUGUGAGUAAGCCUCCGCACCGAACCAUGCCCGCUCUCAGUUUCCAUUUCUGCAAAUUAU